CCAUUUUUUUCCAUUUAAAUCAACAACCAUUAUUCUCAAUAUUGGAGGUAUUUUCACAUUUCGGCGGAGGAAUUUCUCUUCUCGGUACAGGAUUUUGGAUCAAGUAUCAAGGCUUCGUUCCCCCAUCAUUGUUUCUAGUUUCUUGCAGUUGUGUUGGAUUAGUUUUACUCGCAUUCCUUCCAUCCACGAAUAUCGUCUCAAAAUAUCAUGAGAAUGAAGACUCAGUCAAUUUAUUAACAACGAAUAGAAAGGAAGAGCCCGAGCUAAAUUCUACAACAAAAACUAAGUUGGGCAUCUGGAUACAAACGAAAAUCUUUUGGAAAAUAUGUUCAAGUGAUAAAAGCGUAUGUCAUAUUUGUAUACAAGGAAAUACUAAAUUGUGUUCGCACGCUGGAAAUAUACACAAGGGCCGUGUAUGGAGAUUGUGGUUCUAUAUCAUCGCUUAUGCGUUGUAUAUGUUUGUGGUAAACGGAAUUGAACUUUUUCGAACGAUGUUCUUCAUUUCUCGACCAAUUUGUUUUACUCCAGAACUUGUCGGAGCCCAGAAUAGUCUCGACGCUUCGUCCAUUAUUUUCUCAAUAUUUCUGGUCAUUUUUUAUGAAAAUGUACUUCACAUGGAAAGUCAGGCAAUAUUGAUAACUGCAAUGUUCGCUCGUUUUACUACGUCGCUAUUGAUGUUUUGCUCGAACGAAGCUACUCUUAUAUUUAUUGCUACCAGUAUCGGCUCGUUCAGUAAUAUAACGUCACCAUAUUUGAGAGGAGGGAUAUCAUCACUAGUAUCAUCAUUCGAACAAGGAUCGGUUUUUGCUUUGCUGUCUUUUGUCAAUGGAAUUAUCGGGAUAUUCACCCCAAUUGUUGUUUUGACUUUAUAUCCAGCAACUCUCGCUAUCUCCUACUCAUUUAUAUGGAUUGUGAUGGCAUCAAUACUAUGUUGUCCACUGAUUCUAAUGACAAUCGUAUGGAUAGCGGAUAAGAAGCGGACAGACUCAACAAAUAAAUGAAGAUAAAAAUUCGCAGCUACUCAUUUUAUCGUGAUUUGUUGCACCCUUUAUCUGUUGUUCAAGUUUUCUGUUGCUACAGGAAAUAUGAUAAAAAGUUCAAAUAAGCAAACAAUAAUAAAAUUAAACUUGCGAACAUUACAGCACAUCUGUAUUUUUUUUGUUUUGCUAAUAACCCAAACGUAUGCGAACAGCUGUAUAGCAUCAACAUCAAUUAUUUUUUAAUAAUCCAGUAUAGACCUUAUUCAUUAAAAACCCAUCCUACGCGCAAAAAGAAAAGUGAUUUAAAAAAACAAUUUUAACAUUAGCUCUUAUGGGGAAUGUGA